AACAAAGAAAGAAAGCGCAUCAGUCUCGGAAGUCGCAAGAGCACCAGGCAUCGCCUCGCCUCCGCUUCGCCCCCCCGCGCUCUUCUAGAAGCUUCCUCUCAGUGCUCGGCUCGCCGCCGAGGAAUGGAGGACGACGACGACCUCGACUUCCCGCCGGCCGCCGGCAUGGGCGGCCUUGACGCCAUGGGGAUGGGCGCCUUCGGCGGCCUGGGCGCGAUGGGCGGCCUCGGCGGUCUGGGCGCGAUGGGCGGCCUCGGAGGCCUGGGCGGGAUGGAGGACCUCUACGGCGGCGGGGCCGGGGGAGCUGCGGAGGGGGAGGAGGAGGAAGGGGAGAUGGAGGUCGGGGAGGAGAAGGAGAUCGGGAAGGAGGGGCUCAGGAAGAAGCUGGUCAGGGAGGGCGAGGGGUACGUGCGCCCCGACUCCGGCGACGAGGUCCAAGUGCACUACACGGGGACGCUGAUGGAUGGCACCAAGUUCGAUUCCAGCCGGGAUCGCGAUGCCCCGUUCAAGUUCACACUGGGCCAAGGUCAGGUUAUUAAGGGAUGGGAUUUGGGCAUCAAGACCAUGAAGAAAGGUGAGAAUGCUAUUUUCACCAUUCCACCAGAGCUUGCAUAUGGUGAGGAUGGCUCCCCUCCAGUUAUCCCUCCAAAUGCCACGCUGCAGUUUGAUGUUGAGCUUAUCUCCUGGGAAAGUGUCAAGGAUAUUUGCAAGGAUGGCGGCAUCUUCAAGAAGAUACUAACUGAAGGCACAAAGUGGGAGAACCCUGGAGACCGCGAUGAAGUUUUUGUUAAGUAUGAGGUGAGGCUUGAGGAUGGGACUGUUAUAGCAGAAUCUGAUGGUGUCGAGUUCACCGUGAAAGAUGGGCAUUUCUGCCCUGCCAUAUCCAAGGCUGUGAAGAGUAUGAAGAAGAAUGAGAAGGCCCUUCUCACAGUAAAGCCACAAUAUGGCUUUGGCGAUGAAGGCAGGCCAGCCACUAGAGAUGAAGCUGCAGUGCCCCCUAAUGCUACAUUGCACAUUAAUCUCGAAUUGGUGUCCUGGAAGGCAGUCACUGAGAUUGGCAAUGAGAAAAAAAUCCUGAAGAAGAUCCUCCAUGAGGGUGAAGGCUAUGAGCGUCCCAACGAAUGCACAAUUGUCAGAGUGAAACUUAUUGGGAAGUUGGAGGAUGGUACCAUAUUUGUCACAAGAGGUCAUGAUGGUGAGGAGCCAUUGGAGUUUAAGACUGAUGAAGACCAAGUGAUUGAAGGGCUUGACAAAGCAGUACUUAGCAUGAAGAAAGGAGAAGUUUCCUUGGUGACUAUUCCACCAGAGUAUGCAUUUGGAUCUGAUGAAACAAAGCAAGAUUUGUUUGUUAUCCCUCCUAAUUCAACCGUUUAUUAUGAAGUGGAGCUUGUGUCCUUCGAUAAGGAGAAAGAAUCAUGGGAUAUGAAGGAGAAUAUUGAGAAGAUUGAUGCGGCUGCGAAAAAGAAAGAUGAAGGGAAUGCUUGGUUUAAGAUGGAAAAGUAUGCCAGGGCUUCUAAGAGAUACGGAAAGGCUUUGAACUUCGUUGAGUAUGACAGCUCCUUCAGUGAGGAAGAGAAGCAGCUGUCCAAACCACUCAAGGUAAGUUGCAAGCUCAACAAUGCUGCAUGUAAGCUGAAGCUUAAAGACUACAAGGAAGCAAAGGAACUGUGUACCGAGGUACUGGAGCUUGACAACAUGAAUGUGAAGGCUUUUUACAGAAGGGCACAGGCACACAUGUAUCUAGUUGACUUUGAUUUGGCAGAACAGGAUAUCAAGAAAGCACUAGAAAUAGAUCCGGACAACAGGGAUGUGAAGAUGGGGUACAGGAGGCUGAAGGAGAAGAUCAAGGAGCAGAAGAGGAAGGAAACGAAAUUGUAUGGCAACAUGAUCUCGAAGCUGAGCAAGCUUGAAGACUCGGAAACCGAAGAUUCCACGAGUCUGGCACCAAGCAAGAAGCAUGGUCUGUGGCCACCCUCAGCUCUACUUAGAAGACUCUUCACGAGGAGUGACGGUAGCAAGGAGUCCACGCUGUGGGUGGUGCUGAGGCUACUGAUUCCGGUGAUGUUGGUGGUGGCAGUUUGUGUGGCUUUCUACAUGCGCAGCGGACCUCCUGAAGUAGAUUGCAUCAACUGUUAGAAUUCCUUGUAUAUUGCCGUCCAGUUUAGAUAUGGGUCAUGGAUCAACUGUACGGUUCACGGUAAGUUAUUUGCGAAGCUGCUGUUGUGUUCAAUAUAUAUAGGACAAGGAAAGCAUUUCAUCAGCCGCAACUGUCGUAGUGAUUGAAACAUACAAAGGGAACUUUUCUGA